GGUGAACGUCGGCCCUGCGCAUGCGCACACAAUCGAUAGUAAACAAAAAUGGCUGCCCGUAAAUUCACAACCGAAGAUAUUGAAGCACACAUUCAAGACAUCCAGAACCGGAAGGCUAGCUUAAAGCCCCCUCCACCUCCAGAAGGUUCAGCCAAGGAUGAUGAGCGUGUGAUGCUAGAUGGUGGUGGCUACUAUGACAGCGAUAUUUAUGAUAUCUCUAAUGGAAAUAAAUAUGCAAAUUAUGUCCAGUCAAUUGGUGUGGAUGACAUUGAUGAUGAUGAAGAUGAUGGAGGAACAACCCUUGGCAAGAAAGGAGGGGGUGGUACUUACACUGCCCCACGGCUCUUCCUCAAUGAAAUGGUUGAUAAAGAUCAUGACCCUAUGGCACAGUACAAGCGACCCACAAUAGCAGAUAGAGAGGAUAAUUAUCGUGCUCGUCGUCAAAUGCAAGUCAUUUCCCCAGAAAGGAAUGAUCCUUUUGCUGAUGGUAGGUUGUAGUUGACCUUGCCACUUCCACUUUCCCUAAGAUAAUUAUGAUAGGAAGAUGAAGGUAUCUGCCUCUCAUCUCUUGAGUGUGUUGCUUUCUUAUGUGGCUGGGAGCAGUACUUGAGCAGCCUCAGAUACUAGGUUUUGCAUAUAUAAAUUUGCAGCAGGUUUUUUUUAUUUGAGAUAAAUGUUUCUUUAACAUCAGUGGAAAAAGGAAUUUUAAGAAUUUCAGUAAAUAUGAGGCUGGCCAAGUAUUGAUGUAUGAAUGUUGGUGUGAAAGGACAUUCUCUUUCUAUAAAAAUGAGGGGAGUCAUUGAUUAAAUUAAUUAUGAAAAUCUGUUAUAAGUUGUUUAUUAUGCAUAGUAACAGUUGUGAGAUUGUCACAAUGAGAGGUCAUAGAAAGGUCAUUGUAGGAAAUGGGAACAAACAGUGGCACAUGAGUACCAAGAAUCCCCACAAAAGCACAUCCACAACCUGUCUGCUGCUACUGGAUCAGUCCGCCAAGAGUCAUCACCACUACUAAUGUACAAUCUGUUUUCUUUCCCCCUGCGGAGUGUACCAGCCGCCUCCUGCGAAGUCUCAUCUGAGUCUUGAACGAGCCUCUCAGACAUAUAGUGAAGAGCUUACGUAAAAGCUGUAGAUAUAGGCUAUGAAUCUUAGGGUCUAUCACUACCGAAAAUUUCAAAAUUAUUG